UUUCCAGUGAAGUUUCGAUUCCCCUUCUACUAUGAGAUGUGUUGGUACGUGUUGGAGCGUUACGUCUUCAGCUUAACCAAGGCCUCAUAUCUCACACCAGAGUUUCAGAAACACUCCCUGGGCAUUGGUUUGAAAAAGCCGUCAAAUGUAGAUGCCUCCCAGGCUAACGAUGAAGAGGAUAGUGAAGAAGAUGAUGCAGAGCUCCACUGUGACCGACCUGAGGGUAAAGUUCACCUGAGUCCUUUAGAGAUGGAGGGCCUCUGGAAUCUGCUGGGCAAACUGGAGUCUCUGCCUUCCAGUAAGAAAUGUGUCCCAGCAGGGAUACACAACGCUCCUGCACUCCUAACGCAUAUCAAGGCCCUGCUGAAGGAACACGCCAGUGACAAUCCCAAACUGUCCUACACAGGAAAACCCAUCAUCAAGUGGCCAAAGAGGCCAUCUUGGUACCAGCCUCCUCCACCUCCUCCUCCUCCACCUCCUCCUCCUCGUCCUAAAUUGGCUUCCACUCCCAUCAUCCCAAGACCACAGAAGCCCCCUUCCUCCAUGUCUGUGCUGAGGCGGCGCAGGGUCAGGUGUAAACGCUGUGAGGCCUGUAUGAGACAGGAGUGCGGAGAGUGUAACUUCUGUCGAGACAUGAAGAAGUUUGGAGGACCAGGAAAACUCAAACAGACCUGUGUGCUGCGGCAGUGUCUCUCUCCGGGCCUUCCUCUCUCUGCAGUGUGUGAGAUCUGUAAGGAUCCCAAUCAGGAGGAGAGUGGAGAUCCAGCCCUCAUACUGAUGGAGUGUUCCACCUGCGCCCAGAUAGUACAUCCUGCCUGUCUCACGGUGCAGGGUGAAGGAGUGUUGAAUAAAGACCUGCCCAGUUGCUGGGAGUGUCCAAAGUGUGUCCAAGACCCAGAGUCGUCAGGCAGCGAUGAAUCGUUGGCUGCCAGUCACCAGCAGCAGGUCCCUGCACACAGGCCGCUGGUCCUCAGGCUGGGCCAUGGGCCCUCUGCAGCCAUAGGGGGUCCUGUAGGUUCCCAACAGGAUGGGGAGGUGGUCCGCUGUGGUUUCUCCCUUCCUCUUCCUCCUCCUCUUCCUUCCUGCUCUUCCUCCUCCUCAGCUUCAAUCCUCUUGGUGGCGGCCCCUCUGCCUUCUCAGCCAAUCAGCUUGAGACUGCAGUCCAAAGGAGACAAGGGUGAUAGCUUGCCAGUGAAAAGGAAAUCUUCAUCAUUGCUGGAUGCUCGGAUUGCGAAGAUUUACCGACGCCACAGACAUGUACGGAAUGGUGAUGACUCUGCUAGUGAUGAGGAUGAUGACUAUGAUGACGAUGAUGAUGUGUCUCAGAGAAGAAGACUGACACUGCACACCCAAGGGGGAAGCCAAAGGAGAGGCUUCAGUGCUAAUAGGAGAGGACUUUUGCGAGGAAGCUCUGGGCACAGAGGAAGUAGAGGAGGGCUAGUGAAUCCUGGGUCUUCUGCAUUGAAGAUGAAGCGAGGGAUGGGUAUGAGGGAGGCAGGAAAGAGGGGCAGAGGAGUGCGAGUGAGAGGAGGCUCCAGGAUGAACCGAAGGGGUGAUGAGUCCGACGAGUCCGAUGAUGACGAAGACGAUGAGGAGGAUGAUGAGGAGGAGGAGAGUGAAGAUGGAGACAAAGAACGACGCCACUCUGGGCGUAGGAGGCGGUGCAGGAAUGAUGAUAAUGAAGAUGAGGACAGUGAGGGGCAAGAGUUUGACCCUGAGGAGGAGGAAGAGGAGAUGGACACAAUGGAAGAGGAGGAGGUAGAAGAGGAAGGUCGCUGGGAUUCUGACCCAGAACCACCAGUCCUCUUGAUGUCUGAUCUUAAUGAUGACCUGCUAAGUGGCUCCUACCUUACAGUGACUCUACAGCGCCCCCACAAGGCUAAAACACAAUCAGGCUCCAUUGUUCCUAAGCUCGAAGCAGCUAUGAGCCCCAGGACGGCCACAGUCGGCGCUGGUGGUCAGCAGAGCUUCAUCCAGCGCAAGACUGCUCUCUCCAAAUUGUCUAGAAGCAAGACUGAUGCUGCACCUGAAAGUAUAACCCCAAGAGGACCUGGCAGGCCUCGUCUCCGGGGUGACCGCAGCACUAAGGAACGUUCUGCCUCCUCUUCAGAGGAAGAGGAUGCUCCUGCUCCUCCUAUGCCCUCCUCCUUCUCUUCUCCGUCACUGUUGUCGCUGCCUUCUUUUAAGGACACCGGGAAUGACAAAGGAGGAGAGAAGGAGGUGUGGGUGCCUGUGUUCAGAUAUCUGAACAGAGCCGAUCUGCUGUCCUGUAUGACUGUGUGUAAGGCCUGGUACAAGUGGAGCUGUGACAAAUGUCUGUGGAACCAUGUGGAUGUAAGUCGCUGCAGCCCGCUCAGUAACCAGGCCCUGGCAGGAAUCAUCAAACGACAACCCACUUCUCUGGAUCUGUCCUGGACCCCACUGGCUAAGAGACAGCUCAACUGUCUGCUCACCAGGCUGCCUGGUCUGAGGGAGUUGAGGGUAGCAGGUCUACCCUGGUCCUGUAUUUCAGCAUUCAUCUCUCCUACACUGCCUUACCUACGACUGCUGGACCUGCGUUGGUGUGAAGGCGUGACCGACGAUCAGAUUAAAGACAUCAUCAUCCCUCCCGAUUCAGAGUUGUCUCGCAGCCGGCUGAGGAACAUGGUGACGUUGCGUCUGUCCGGUCUGGACGUCAGUGACUCCACGCUAAAGCUGCUGCAGCGCCACAUGCCCCAGCUGGAGAGGCUGGAUCUGGCUCACUGCAAGGACAUCACCGACUCCUCCAUCACCCUGCUGGCAGCAGCUGGGACUCACACACGCAACAACCUGACUGAGCUCACACUGGCAGGGUGUAACAACCUGACAGAUGUUAGUCUGUCUUACCUGAAGCGUCUGCCAUCACUGACUUUGCUGGACCUGAGGGGCUGUAAGAACAUCAGCAGGCGAGCUUGUGAUGCCUUCAUCUCUGACCUGUCCCACAUCACCCUCUACUGUAUGAUGGAGGAAAAGUUCAUCCAACGCCUGGAUUAACAGACUGUUAGAAUAAUAUACCACCUGUGCUGGGAGCCAACAACUCUGGAAUCACGUUUUUCACGCACAUUUUUACUUGUCUUUUCAGUGGAACUGUUUGU